AUGGAACUCAAGAAUGACAGUCUUGGACGACGAGAUCAAUGUCUUGGAUGUAGGCAAUGUCCACAGUGAAGCAGGCAAAACUUGCCUGAUGUCAUUGCUAUAGCCAUGGACGCCGCUAUAAUGCCACUCGGAGUACCAGAGAUGGGCAGCCAUUACCUUAAGAACAGCGAGAAGUGUACAAGGAUUACCUUGAUUCCGUGCUGCUUCUGGGGUUUUGCCCCCAGUAAUGAACAUCUUCUUAAUAGGGAGGAGGACCAUGGUCCUGUUGGGCUCUGGUGGCUCAGUUGGGCUGUUGAUUGGGUUGACUUUGCAAGCCUAUGUCCAUUCUCAACUUCAGAUGGGAUUGGUGAGCAGAAUAAGUGAAAAGCCAAGGUCUGUCUCUAGAUGCCCCUUUUUAGCUUAAAGUUGCUUUCUUUUAGAGCUAAUGAUAUGGUAUAUUUACAUAUUACUUGUGUAGUGUUAUUAUUGUUUUGAAUAUGGAAGAUGUUAAAUUUAUAUUGUAGAGUUUUAUUUCUAUGCAUUGUUUACUUUUUUGUUGCCCUUGUCAUCAAGAAGUCUUGUUUUGGUAGUGAAUUCAAUAAUGCACAGUAAUACCA